AUGGGCGACUUGUCACAAAUUGUGUUGACAGAAGUCGGUAAGCAAGGGGAGGUAGAUACACUACAACUGGCAAGUUCCAUUGCAGAGGAUCAUCAAAAGAUUGUGGGUGCAGUGAAGAGUCUGCAGUCUCUCGGUGAUGUUGUCAGUGUUGUGCAAUAUACAGUAAAACACUGGGAAUUAACAGAUGAAGGCAAAGAUGUGGCAGCAAAUGGAAGCCACGAGGCAAGGGUAUUCAACGCAGUACCACCAGAAGGCAUUGCUCAAGCUGAAAUUAUGAAAGUGGUACCUAAUGCCAAAAUAGGGUUCAGCAAGGCGAUGCAGGCGGGAUGGAUAGCCAUGGAUAAAAGUUGUACAGGUGGACCUAAAGUUUUCAGAAAGGCGGACUGUAUCAAAGACUCCGUGCAGGAAUGCAUGGUAAAGUUCGCAGCCAGUGAUUCCGGAGAUGUCCCUGAUAACCAGAAAGCUGACUUUAAAAAGAGAAAAUUGAUCACUGAAGUAAAGGUAGUUGGUUACAAAGUGUCAAAGGGAAGCAACUUUACCCUGUCCAUCAGCAAGGCUGAAGUAGAUCUGACACCUGAAAUGAUACAGAGUGGAUCAUGGAAAACUAAAACCUUUAAGGAGUACAAUUUUGAUGCUCUUGGGUUACCCCCUGCAGCAGGUCACCUUCACCCUCUCCUCAAGGUCAGGGCACAGUACAGACAGAUCUUUCUUGAAAUGGGCUUCACUGAGAUGCCAACCCAGAACUUUGUGGAGAGCUGCUUCUGGAACUUUGACUCUCUGUUUCAGCCACAACAACAUCCUGCCAGGGACGCACACGACACUUUCUUCAUCUCAGAACCAAGAACUGCACACGAAUUUCCAAUGGAUUAUUUGUAUCGAGUGAAGAAAAUCCACUCUGAAGGGGGGCACGGCUCACAAGGGUAUAAAGUGGACUGGAAGAUAGAGGAAGCAGAAAAGAACAUUUUAAGGACACAUACCACCGCCAACUCGGCCAGGAUGUUGUACCAGUUAGCCCAACAGGAAGAGUUCACACCAGUGAAGUACUUCUCAAUAGACAGGGUAUUUCGAAAUGAGAACGUAGAUGACACACAUUUAGCGGAAUUUCAUCAAAUCGAAGGGUCUGUCACUGACUACGGACUCACAUUAGGGGACCUAAUGGGAAUCAUUCAGGAAUUUUUCAAAAAAUUAGGUAUCACCAAACUCCGUUUCAAACCUGCCUACAACCCCUAUACAGAACCCAGCAUGGAAAUAUUCAGUUAUCAUGAAGGACUGAAGAAAUGGGUAGAAAUUGGAAACUCUGGGAUUUUCCGACCUGAAAUGUUGCUUCCAAUGGGUCUACCUGAAAACGUCUCCGUCAUAGCCUGGGGCUUAUCACUUGAGAGGCCAACCAUGAUUAAAUACAAAAUAGAUGAUAUCCGAACACUCAUCGGACCAAAAGUGAACCUGCAGAUGGUGUACGACAACCCCGUGUGUGUUCUAGACAAUUGAUCCAUCUCAUUCAUCUUAUUAUUGUACAGAUAUUAUUUAUGUAUUAAAAAGAUGUAAUGUCACA